AUGGCCGAUGAUGACCGCCGCGCCAAGCGCUCGCGCUUCGACCAAACAGAAGCUGAACCCCGUCGCUCCCGAUUCGACCGUCGUUCGCGAUCUCCAUCCGCAAGACAGUCGGAGUCUACCCGGACCCGUAGUCCAUUGAGCCGCGAGCCUCGAAGCCCCGCGGGGGAUGCAUCAGCCAAGUCUGAUCCAGCCGCUGCCGCAGCUGCGGCCGCCGCGAAGAUCAAUGCCCAGUUGCAGGCCAAGAAGGGCAUUCAGCAUGUCGAUGUUCCCCCAAUUCGCUCGACCGACAGCCCAGGCUCGAAAUCCGACGGCAAUGGAGAUGGCACCGGAAAGGACAUCUAUGUCACCGAUGGAGAUUACAUCAAGGAUAUCGAAAUCAACGAUUUGCGUAACCGCUACACCCUGACUAAGGGUUCAACUCAACAGAUGAUUAAAGAUGAGACUGGCGCCGAUGUCACCACGCGCGGAAGUUAUUACCCCGACAAGAACAUGUCGACCGCUGCAAAGAUCAAUGCUGAUUGUUACGGAAUAGAACCCCCCCCACUCUAUCUUCAUGUCACCAGUCAAACAAAAGAAGGUCUUGAGAAGGCUGUCAAAAUUAUUGAUGAUCUGAUGCAGAAGGAACUGCCCAACUUGGUUGAUGAGCGCCGAUUCCGUCGACGAGAGCCAGAGCCCGUUGAGCGCGAUGAGUAUGGUCGUCGCAAAUGGCCCGAUGAGCGCAUUCCCAUUGACCUGGAGCCAAUCCCUGGUUUCAACCUCCGUGCCCAGGUUGUCGGUCAGGGUGGUGCUUAUGUCAAGCAUAUCCAGCAGAAGACUCGCUGCCGUGUCCAGAUCAAGGGCCGAGGAUCCGGAUUUAUUGAAUCCAGCACUGGACGAGAGAGCGAUGAAGCGAUGUUCUUGCACGUUGCAGGACCCGAUGCGAAUGAUGUUGAAGCUGCUAAAGAACUCUGCCUAGAUCUCCUUAAUAACGUCAAGGAGCAAUACCAGAACUUCAAAGAUAACCCACCCCAGCAUAGCUAUGGAGGCUACCGUGGUGACCGUGGUGAGCGUGGAGACCGUCAUCAUGGAGGUGACCGUGGAGACCGCGGAGAUCGUGGUGAGCGUGGAGGUGAUCGUGGCGGAUACGGUGGCGGAUACAAUCGCCGCAAUGAUUACCAGCAACAAAACCAGCACCAUCAGCACCAGCAAUCCCCUGGCGCCUCCGCUAGCCCCACUACUCAGAGUGCCGCGGGUGGUGCCAAUGCCGCCAGCAUGGUCGAUUACAGUGCUCAGUACGCUCAGUACUACGGGACUACUGACCCUUACGCCGCAUACGGCGGAUACCAGAACUAUGUGGCAUACUACCAGUAUUACCAGCAAGCUGCUGCCGCUCAGCAACAGCAACAACAGCAGGCAGAGGGCUCAGCUCCCCCUCCUCCCCCGUCUAAUGAUGCUCCUCCGCCCCCUCCCCCCAGGCUCCGGAUCGCCUCCUCCUCCUCCCGGUGGACCUCCCGGUGGAGGUAG